AGGUGAUUGCUUCUACUCGAGGAAAAAUUUAAUACGUUCAAAUUAGGAAGUUAUGUGCAAGUGAGGAGAAGAGGGCAUUGAAUUCAACACCAACAGGCAACAACAAAACAAAAGAAAAAAAAAAAAAAUGAAAAAUCGAGAGUGGCUUGAAAUAGCAAAAGUGGAGUUGAAAAUAGGAUACAGCCAAGUGGUUCAUUCAAUAUUCCAUGUAUGUGCAGCUCACCACAAAUUUCCAACUCCUGCCACGCUUGGGAGUUUGGGAUUCCCAGAAGAGAGAGAAAGAGUUGGUUCUGUUUCCCACCAAUUUAACCUUUUUCUGGGACCGUGAAAUCCUUUGAGCCUCAACUCAAGUGGGUCAUCUUCAGGUCCAACUCCCACUUGCUGGUCUUUGCUGGCUGUGCUGUGCUUGGGUUAGCUUCCCCUUUUUUUUUUUCCCCAAAACUCUUUCUACAUGUUCUUCCUCUCUAUCUCUAAUGAAAGAUCCACUUCCCUCAAUCUGGGUAUUGAUUUAAUCUUAUUAAUAUGCUUGUUUAAGGUAGAAAGGAUCAAUUUUUUCUUCUUUUGGUUGUAUAUGUUUUUGUUUGUUUUUUAUUUUAAUUAUUUUGCUUCCUACUCUAUCAUAUUGUUGUGUUCAAGGUUGGGUGUUUGUUGUAUAGUAGAAAGGAGGGUGUUUUCUUUUUCAAUCUGGGCAUCUGGGUCUUCUUGAUAUUGGGCAGGCUUUACUGGGUUUUGCUUGAAAUGGUGAUUGCGGCGCUUGGAUUUGUUGGGUUGGCUUGGGGUCUAUUGUGGGGUGCAGGGGAUAUUGGGCAAAGGGGCUUUUUCGGGUUAUUUUGAACUUUUCCUUUUAGUGGUGAUUUGGUGAUUGAGAUUUCAUGUUUGGUCCAAGACAAUGGAGAUGUUUAUGGCCAGAUUUUUACUCCUUUAGCGUUGAAUACUGUAUUAGCUUAGUGAGACAAUAUGAAGAACAUUCUGAAGAAGCUCCAUAUUGUGUCGAAUCAAACCGAAGACGUUGAAGGGUCUACUUCAUCAAGGGGAAGCAAGACUCAUGAUGGGUCAUCCCCAGAUAGGCUUUUGCAUUCUCGGCCCCAUCAUAAUUCUGAGCAUAAACCCUUUUCGGGUCUUUCGAAUUGGUUGAAUUCAGUUGCUAAUAGACAUAGCCCCAGUCCCCCAUUAUCUUCAAAUGUCACAAGAGUAGAGAGAUCAGAACCAUCUGAUUCCAUGAGCAGUUGCGGUUUGGACGUGGUUUCAGAUGCAGUGAGGCGUGACUCAGGGUCUAGCAAUUCAAGGGAUCCGGAUAUAGAGGAGGAGUAUCAGAUACAAUUGGCCUUGGAGUUGAGUGCGAGGGAGGAUCCUGAAGCUGUUCAGAUUGAAGCCGUUAAGCAGAUCAGUUUGGGCUCUUGUGCUCCGGAAAAUACUCCAGCAGAAAUUGUUGCUUAUCGAUACUGGAAUUACAAUGCUCUUAGCUAUGAUGACAAGAUCUUGGAUGGUUUUUACGACCUGUAUGGAAUUUUGAUGGAGUCCACCUCACAAAAGAUGCCUUCCCUUGUUGAUCUACAAGGAACACCAUUAUCAGAUUGUGUCACCUGGGAAGCAGUUUUGGUCAAUAGAGCUGCUGAUGCUAACCUGUUAAAACUUGAACAGGAGGCCCUGGUCAUGGCCGUCAAGUCAAGGUCGGAAUCUCCAGUUUUUGUAGGUACUGAUUUGGUGCAAAAGCUUGCUGCUUUAGUUGCUGCGAAUAUGGGUGGACCAGUUGGGGAUCCAGUCAACAUGUCAAGAGCGUGGCAAAGUCUCAGUUACAGUUUGAAAGCAACCCUUGGGAGCAUGGUUUUGCCUCUUGGUUCUCUGACAAUUGGAUUGGCUCGCCAUCGGGCAUUGUUGUUCAAGGUUUUGGCUGAUAGUGUGGGCAUUCCAUGCCGAUUAGUGAAAGGACAGCAAUAUACAGGUUCUGAUGAUGUGGCAAUGAACUUCGUGAAGAUUGAAGAUGGAAGGGAGUACAUUGUUGAUCUAAUGGCAGAUCCUGGAACACUUAUUCCAUCUGAUGCAGCAGGAUCACAUAUAGAAUAUGAUGAUUCUAUCUUUUCGGCCAGUACUUUGUCUAGAGAGAUAGACUCCUCAUAUAUAGCCUCUUCUAGCAGUGGGGUUGUGAGGCCAUAUCUGUCAGCUGUUGGAAAUGAAUCUGAUGACAGAGGGGAACUUACAGCUUGUGCAAAUCUACCCAGGCCAAGUAAAGAUAGUUUCAAUGCAGAGAAGACUCUGCUUCGGGCACUUCCCAGCAGGCCUAGCCAUCCGUACAUGCAUGGAAGAUCUCCCUCCUGGACAGAAGGUGUAAGCUCUCCAGCGGUGCGUAGAAUGAAAGUGAAGGAUGUUUCACAAUAUAUGAUUGAUGCUGCCAAAGAAAAUCCACAGUUGGCCCAGAAACUUCAUGAUGUGUUACUUGAAAGUGGUGUUGUUGCUCCUCCAAACCUAUUCACUGAAAUUUAUCCCGAGCAUAGAGAUGUGUCAAUAGUUGAGGCCAAGUCCCCAACUGAAGAUAAAGAUGAAAAUGAAAAGAGACAAGUAAUCCGGAAAAUUAAAGAUCAAGAUGACCUUGGUCCGAUUGGCUUUUUGCCACCUCUGCCUUAUCAUGGGAUGCAACCUAGAGUAAGUCCUUGUGUACAGCCAGAUCUUAAGCCUGUGGAAGGUUUAGGGUUUAACAAUCUGCUAGAUUUUAAAGAAGUAACUGGGCAGUCUGUUUCAUCACAAUCAGAAGUGACUCCUGUGAAAUAUGUGAAGAAUGUUCCUGUUGCUGCUGCUGCAGCAGCAGCAGCAGUUGUUGCAUCUUCAAUGGUUGUUGCUGCAUCAAAGUCAACUGCUGACCCAAACCUUGAACUUCCUGUGGCGGCUGCUGCCACUGCUGCUGCAGCAGUCGUAGCAACAACUGCAGCUGUUGGUAAGCAGUAUGAGAACUUGGAAACUGGUGUUCAUUCUCCAAGUGUUGCUGCUGAGUGCUUUAACCAAAUGGAUGGCAUGCAAAGUGGGGGAGAUGCAGAUGGUGCUGGUUAUGAGCCGCGUGGUAGUGGUGACCGGGAGCAUGAUGCUUCUGGGACAAAUCCUGAAGGAGAGAGAACAUCGGAUAGAUCUGCGGAUAGCACAAAAUCAGAUGUGGCACUUGAUGAUGUUGCAGACUGUGAGAUCCCAUGGGAUGAAAUCGCCUUGGGAUCGUAUGGGGAGGUAUAUCGUGGGGACUGGCAUGGCACUGAAGUCGCUGUUAAGAAGUUCCUGGACCAGGAUAUUUCUGGUGAAUCACUUGACGAAUUCAAAAGUGAGGUGCGGCUCAUGAAAAGACUAAGACAUCCCAAUGUUGUUCUCUUCAUGGGAGCGGUAACUCGUGUCCCAAAUCUUUCAAUUGUUACAGAAUUUCUUCCCAGAGGUAGUUUGUAUAGACUAAUUCACCGGCCUAACAAUCAAUUAGAUGAAAGGAGGCGUUUGAGGAUGGCCCUUGAUGCUGCUCGGGGAAUGAAUUAUUUGCAUAAUUGCACUCCAGUAAUAGUUCAUCGUGAUUUGAAGUCUCCAAACCUUCUUGUUGAUAAGAAUUGGGUUCUGAAGGUAUGCGACUUUGGCUUAUCACGAAUGAAGCAUAGUACUUUUCUUUCUUCCAGGUCAACUGCAGGGACGUUCACUGCAAUCUACGACAAAAAGAUAGAUGCAAACUUACAUAGAGUUUUCCUUCUGAUGGGCGAAUUCUUCAGGAUUGACAUUUCAGGGGCCAAGUUCAAUGCCUUUUCCUUUAAAGCUGAGGCUGAGUGGAUGGCUCCAGAAGUACUAAGAAAUGAGCCUUCAGAUGAAAAGUGUGAUGUUUUCAGCUUUGGGGUCAUAUUAUGGGAACUCUCUACAUUACAACAACCAUGGGGAGGAAUGAACCCAAUGCAAGUUGUUGGUGCUGUUGGAUUCCAGCAUCGCCGUCUUGACAUUCCAGAUGAUAUGGAUCCUGUUGUUGCAGAUAUUAUUAGGAGAUGCUGGCACACAAAUCCAAAAAUGAGGCCUACAUUUGCUGAAAUCAUGGCUACUCUGAAACCAUUGCAAAAGCCUAUAACCAGUUCACAAGUGCCUAGACCUAGUGCAGCAAUAAGCAGUGGUCAGGAGAGGGUUCAACCAUCACGAGCUGCAGAAGAACCAGCAGAAUAAAAAAGGCAAGUUCAGAACCAAACUGAAUACUGGCUUACUGGAAUGCCAAGAAGUGGAGGCAGGUCCUGGGUAAUUUGGAACAAAUGUAAGAAAGACUGAUUGAAGACCCUGAGCCAACAUAUACUUCAAUUUGAGAUUAUUGUGAUUCUUUUUUCUUCUUCACUUUUUUUUUCUUUGUAUUUGUGGGUUGGUGGUGCAGCCGCCCACGAGUAUGUGUAUUUGUUUGUAAAAAUUCAUUUGCAUUUGUUGUAAUCAAGGUUUGAAUUUUGUGUUUU